AUGUCAAUUCCACCACGACCUGAUCGCCAACAACCACCGCCGAGUUUGCUGCCUAUUAAACUCAACAAGCAGCUAUCGUGGUCACCAGACAUGACCCGCGAGGAAGUAUGGCUUAGAAGAAAAGGAAAUUCUAAAACGCAACGUGGGUGCGGCAAGAGCUUGACGGACGAUGAUUUAGAUGAUUUAAAAGCAUCUAUUGAAUUAGGAUUCGGGUUCGGACCGGACUCGCCUAUUUUGGAUCCGAAGUUGUCGGAUACCUUGCCCGCUUUAGGUGAUGAUCCCGAGAUGGUGAAGACGAGGUUGAGACAGUGGGCCCAGAUGGUUGCAUGUUCGGUCAAACAAUUUUCAGGGAAACCAAAUUGA